AACAAUGCUCCUGGGGACAAAGUUGUAAUGUGCAUCACCUAUUAUAAUAAUAUACUAGUAUCUUGGUAGUGGGAAGUUCUUUCUGAUCAUCCUCUCCGAUUUUCAUAAAGGAUUCUGUUGAGUUGUAUUCGUGACCAUAUCGUAUCUAAAGGAGUUUAUUAUCACCAUUCUAAUUGUUUGGAGAAGAUAUGAGGAUGAAUUCCCUGAUCCUGAUGACCUGUCUCGCGGUCAUGGCCAGCGGAAUUAAAGCCUGUUGUCUACCGGACAAAUUCUCCAUGGACUUCUCUGCUGAGAUCCACAAAGAAGACUAUGAGGGGAAAACGGCCCGGGAAACGGAAGUUUACGAUGUAUCCGGAAGCCUCGGCGCAGAUUUCGAAAAUGAACGAUUUCGUCUUCACUACACUGAUCACAAGAAGAAAACAUCCAACACCUGGUUCUUCGACUUUGCAAAGGGCGAAUACGUCUACCAUCACAGAGUGUCGACAGAUAAACGCUCAGAAACAUGUCGGAUUCAUCCACUCACCGGACAGAUCAACAAAAGCUACAAAUGCAUCCUGGGCAACAAGAACCUGGUCAAGAGGACAAAGAAGAAUUAUCAACUGGUGCUCGCAAAUGUUGCCAAACUGUACGGACACUUAGACAUGAAUGAAGAAAACUGCCAACUAUUUGGAAAACAAGUGCUUGCCAUUAUUCUUGGUGCUGACAAAUACGUACAGGCGCGAAUCGACGUCCUGGAGGUCAAGACAUUUGGCAUCAAGCUCGUGGCCCCGUGCUAUGAGGGACGGAAUAACAAAUAUGCCAUAUCGUUCCCAAGCGUGGACGAACUGUCAGCUAUGCGCAGUGAGACCCUUACAGUGCUCUUCGACAAAAUUACACAGUUCCAUUCUUCAACGGUCGUAGACGUAGACGAAAACGACGGGGAGACAAGUCCGCCACCAGAGACAUCAGGAGAAGACACUGACUUUUCCGGGCACGGACCCUCGGAAGAUGAUUCGUCCGGACACGGGCAUGCUGUCUCGGAAGACGAUGAGGAUCAAUACUAUGAUGACACCUACUACCCUCAUCUUUAUCGUGACUUGUAUGAUGAUGCCUCAGCGGAUGGGGAAGGGCAAGAUUGGUAAACUCUUAAACAUGAAUUUGGUUAAAGUGAUGUCAUCCCACUGUCAAAUCAUCUAUUUCUGUGGACUGUUAUGUAAGCUACAUCCCGCAAUAUCAGGGGUUCGUGUACGUGGACGCGAGUGCAUAGUAAGGCAUUUUUAUGAUAGGAACUUAUUAGUCUACCAUUAUGAGGGCUGUGCGAAGAAAAUAUUUUUUGUUGUCUUUCGAUUAUAGUUUUCAUUCGCUCCAAGUUGGUCUCAGAAGACCAAUGCAUUUAGCUUGAUCCUUUGUUUAUACAAAAAUGUCUGAGACAAAGUCACAAGGACGUUUAACGGAAACGAUCGAAGCCCAUUUCCCACUAUUAUAUUGUAGAUAGGCUCAUCACGAAUCAUCAUCGACGAAUAAUAAAAAAAUCAUAUUUCAGUAAUUUUCCAUCUUCUUCGGCAACUCUUAAAGACUUCCCUUAUCGAGAAACCCAAUUGUUGAUCAUCUCCCGGCCGCCAUUGCCACCAGAAGCGAAGACAAUGCAGCUGGUAUCAGCAUGGUGACUUUGCGUUUGCGAUUAUUUCUCCGGCGUUCAAAAACCAACUUGGUGUUGACAGUCGGCGUGAUUUCUAAACCUUGAUUCUAAGUGUGUUGCCAAACGUGUUGUCAAUUUCUCGGCUUAAUAGGAAUUAGUAAUUCGUGAAAUUUGCGAGCACACGAUCAUGUGUGUAUUUAGCAAACUACGACCUCCGCUACGUGGCGCUAACUGUCACAAGGUCGAGGGUAAUCGCAUUGUUGUAACAGACGAGAUGUCCAUUUUGUUUUGGUGUCCUCGUGAAAAUUAGCGCCGCCUAUUGAGAUGCCGACACGUUAUCAUCGAAAUAUGAUCCUUCAAAUUUUGUUUUUCAAAUUAAGAGAUUUUGAAGGAAUUUGUGCCAAGAGGGGUGGAGUAAGAUGCCCUUGUGAAUGUCUUGAUUACAAAUAUACAAAUAUUUUAAUGGUAAACAACAAUGUAUUUUGUUAAUAAAAUAACGAAUAAACAAACAAAUAAGUCUAACACUGCUUUAAUUAGUAGACAAAAUACGUCGUCUGCAUGAAUCAUUUAAAAGCAAAAAAUGUAAUAAAGGUAAACUUGAGUACAUGUAUUU